GUUUCUCAUAUAUGCGGAUGAAGUAUCUCUUCAUCUCUUGGUUAGUAGUAUUUAUUGGCAGCUGGGUUAUGUACGUUCAAUACUCGACCUACACAGAACUAUGCAGAGGACAUGACUGUAGGAAAAUAAUAUGUGAUAAAUACAAGACUGGAGUUAUUGAUGGGUCAGCAUGUAGCAGUCUUUGUGCUAAAGAAACAUUGUAUUUUGGGAAAUGUUUGUCAACAAAGCCCAACAACCAGAUGUAUUUAGGAAUCUGGGGAAAUCUGCAAGGUGUUAUAAAAUGCCAGAUGGAAGAAGCUGCUCAACUUGAUUUUGGUACUGACCCAGAACCAAGGAAGGAAGUAGUCCUAUUUGAUAAACCAACAAGAGGAACCACUGUUGAGAAAUUCAAAGAAAUGGUAUAUGGUCUUUUUAAAGCAAAAUUGGGUGAACAAGGAAAUCUUUCAGAACUGGUUAAUCUCAUCCUAUCUUUCGCUGAUGGAAACAAAGAUGGUAGAGUUUCUUUGCCAGAGGCGAAAUCUGCAUGGGCACUUCUGCAGCUAGAUGAGUUUCUGUUAAUGGUGAUCUUGCAGGAUAAAGAACAUACUCCCAAGUUGAUGGGUUUUUGUGGGGAUCUCUAUGUGACCGAAAGAGUUGAAUAUACCUCUCUCUAUGGAAUCAGCCUUCCAUGGAUUAUAGAACUUCUCAUUCCCUCUGGCUUCAGAAGAGGCAUGGACCAAUGGUUUACUCCAUCAUGGCCAAGAAAGGCAAAAAUAGCUAUAGGGCUUUUAGAAUUUGUGGAAGAUAUUUUCCAUGGACCCUAUGGAAACUUUCUUAUGUGUGAUACAAGUGCCAAAAACUUGGGAUAUAAUGAUAAAUAUGAUUUGAAAAUGAUGGACAUGAGAAAAAUUGUGCCAGAAGUGAAUUUGAAGGAAAUAAUUAAAGAUCGGCAGUGUGAAUCAGAUUUGGACUGUAUUUAUGGUACAGACUGUAGAACUCUCUGUGACCAAAGCAAAAUGAGAUGUACCACAGAAGUAAUUCAGCCAAACUUGGCAAAAGCCUGUCAGCUACUUAAAGACUAUCUGCUUCGUGGUGCUCCUUCUGAUAUCCAUGAAGAACUAGAAAAACAACUGUACUUGUGUAUUGCCCUUAAAGUCACAGCAAAUCAGAUGGAAAUGGAGCAUUCUUUAAUACUCAAUAACUUAAAAACUUUACUGUGGAAGAAAAUUUCCCAUACAAAUGACUCUUAGCUUCUUCACCAGCAGAAGAUAAUACUGAUGCCUGCCACUAGAGGUGGCCUACCACAUUUGACAAAAACGAUCUGCAGCAUUUUUUAAAGACGUUUCUUUACUCAGAUUUCAUGAAUGGCUCUUUAACUCUUGCCCUUCAGUCAGUAUUUAUGACGGGGCUUCUCAAAGAACGAACAUGCCACUGAACGAUCAGGCAGAGGCCAGAAGCACUUCUGGUGUUCCAGUGCUGUGUUACGGAAACAAAAACCCUGCAUGCUUGACUGUUCUGUGCACUUUGUCAGAUCUUCAACAGGAUGAAAAUAUUCACUGUGCCACCACAUCAACUGAU